AUGACUUCCAAGCCCCACAACAGAUCUCACAACAAGGCCGCCUCCACGUCCGUCCUCCCCAGCGGCCGCGGCGGCCUACUCUACGUCAAGGCCCUUCCGGCGACCUCGCAUAGCACCCCUUCUCAGCAGCGCUCUGGCAGGAGCAAGAAGGCAGACGCCAAUCGCCUCGCCGCACUCGGUCGUUCAGCCCCUGCGCCGUUGGCGCCGUCGGCGGAGCUCUCGAGCAAGUCUGCGCCCGCUACGCCCGAGAAGCAUGCGAGGGAACGCCAGGCGGCCAAGGGAAACAAGAAGCAGACCGCGGCAAGGUCCUCGUCGCAGUCUGCUGCGCAACGCUCCGGCGCCCGCGCAGAGUCCCCCUCUACCAACGCCCCGCAGGCCGAUGGGCUUUUCAAGAAGUCGAAGUCGUCUCGUCACUCCGCACCUUAUACUUCUUCUACGUCUCGGCGCGGAGACAUGUCUCCGCAGCUCUCCAACGUCCCGACCGGGCAGCUCGCGAGCCGCCGUCAGGCGAGCAAGAUCGCCUCGAACGUGCCUAUCAUGGCCGGCUACGACAGCGAUGGCGACCGGAACCAGGUAGACUGGCUGGUGAACGAGGAUGACGACGAGGACGACUAUUCGUCCGCAGACUCCUCUAUGCCUGCCACCCCCGCCAACGGUACCGGUAUCGCUGUGUUCGGGAAUGUCCCGCGUACUGCGCCGAUCGCCGGCGCCAUCCAGGGCUUCCCCUUCGAGGAUAGCCCCUGCAAGGGUCGUCAGAUCCCCAGGGCACUCCGUCCGAAGCACCAGCGCUCCCCGAGCGAGAACGUGUUCAACCUCUCGUCCUCGGACGAGGAGAGCAGCUCGCCGUCUACCGGCUCGUCGCCCGUCGACGUCCUCUUCGAGGCUAUCGCGCAGAAGGGCGCCACACACCCUGUGCCCCGUCGGUCGGUCUCGUCGCCCGGGAUGCGCCCGGUCACCCCGUCGAAUGUCGCUGUUGGUACUCCGUCGUCCGCGCCCACGCGCGACGGCCUCAAGGUCAAGUACGCCAACGCGAAGUACCAGACGUCGCCGAGCGCGGCCGUGCUGCCCGCGCCGAACUUUUACGCUUGA